GGAGCAGGCUGAGCCCUGCCCGGGAGCAAGUGUGGGGUUGGGGGCGGGGGGCGGGGCUCGGCAGGCCGGGCGGCCGGGCCUGGACGGGGCGGGGGAGGCCAUGGCCUCCGCGGAGUUGCAGGGCAAGUACCAGAAGCUGGCUCAGGAGUACUCGAAGCUCCGAGCUCAGAACCAGGUCCUGAAGAAAGGUGUGGUGGACGAGCAGGCCAGCUCCGCUGCGCUCAAGGAACAACUGAAAAUGAAGGAUCAGUCAUUGAGGAAACUACAACAGGAAAUGGACAGUUUGACAUUUCGAAAUUUGCAGCUUGCCAAGAGGGUGGAGCUGCUUCAAGAUGAGCUAGCGCUCAGUGAACCUCGAGGCAAGAAAAAUAAGAAAAGUGGAGAAUCGUCUUCUCAGUUGAGUCAAGAGCAGAAAAGUGUCUUUGAUGAAGAUCUUCAAAAGAAAAUCGAGGAGAAUGAACGGCUGCACAUACAGUUUUUCGAAGCUGAUGAGCAGCACAAACAUGUGGAAGCGGAACUGAGGAGUCGGCUGGCAGCUCUGGAAACAGAAGCUGCUCAGCACCAAGCUGUGAUUGAUGGCCUGACCCGGAAGUACAUGGAGACCAUUGAGAAACUACAGAAUGACAAGGCUAAGCUAGAAGUAAAAUCUCAGACUUUAGAAAAGGAGGCCAAGGAAUGUCGUCUUCGAACAGAAGAAUGUCAGUUACAGUUAAAGAAUCUUCAUGAAGAUUUGUCAGGUAGAUUAGAGGAAUCCUUAUCAAUCAUCAAUGAAAAAGUCCCUUUUAAUGAUACAAAGUACAGUGAGUACAACGCUCUCAACGUUCCCCUGCACAACAGGCGGCACCAGCUGAAGAUGCGAGAUAUAGCUGGGCAGGCCCUGGCCUUUGUUCAAGAUCUCGUGCCUGCUCUUCUGAACUUUCACACCUAUACAGAACAGAGGAUUCAAAUUUUUCCUGUUGAUUCUGCUAUAGACACAAUAUCACCAUUGAAUCAGAAGUUCUCUCAAUACCUUCAUGAAAAUGCGGCAUAUGUGCGCCCCCUGGAGGAAGGAAUGCUGCAUCUAUUCGAGAGCAUUACAGAGGAUACUGUGACUGUCCUGGAGACAACUGUGAAAUUGAAAAUGUUUUCAGACCAUCUAACUUCCUAUGUACAAUUCCUUCGGAAGAUCCUUCCGUAUCAGUUGAAGAGUUUAGAAGAAGAAUGUGAAUCUUCCCUUUGCACACCUGCAUUAAGAGCCAGGAACCUGGAGCUGUCCCAGGACAUGAAGAAGAUGACAGCGGUGUUUGAGAAGCUGCAGACAUACAUCGGUCUCCUCGCCUUGCCAAGUACAGAGCCAGAUGGACUCCUUCGCACAAACUACACUUCCGUCUUAACAAACGUUGGUGCUGCUCUGCAUGGGUUUCAUGAUGUCAUGAAAGACAUUUCCAAACAUUAUAGUCAGAAGGCUUCCGUAGAGCACGAACUUCCAACAGCAACACAGAAGCUGGUAACGACUAAUGACUGCAUCUUGUCGUCAGCAGUGGCGUUGACUAAUGGAGCAGGGAAGAUUGCAUCCUUCUUCAGCAACAACAUGGACUACUUCAUUGCUUCACUGAGCUAUGGGCCCAAGACAGCCAGCGGAUUCAUUAGUCCCCUUUCAGCUGAAUGCAUGCUACAAUACAAGAAGAAAGCUGCCGCCUACAUGAAGGCUUUAAGAAAGCCCCUCGCAGAGUCUGUGCCUUAUGGGGAAGCAGUGGCCAACCGCCGGAUUCUUCUCAGUUCUACAGAGAGUCGGGAAGGCCUUGCACAGCAGGUUCAACAGAGUUUGGAAAAGAUUUCUAAACUGGAGCAGGAGAAAGAACAUUGGAUGUUAGAAGCACAGUUAGCCAAAAUCAAACUGGAGAAGGAAAACCAACGGAUUGCAGACAGGCUGAGGAGUUCGAGUAGUGCACAGCUGCUUGCACUGGCCCAGGACAAUGCCAGUGGGUCUGCUGCUAGCCAGGAAGAAGCUGCCGCAAAGGUCCUGACAGAGCCUGUGCAGAGCACCAGCCUGAUUGGGAUUUUAACCAGGACGCCAGACAGUGAGGCUCCAGACGUGGAGAGCCGUGAGGACCUCAUUAAGAGCCAUUACAUGACGAGGAUAGCGGAGCUCACGUCUCAGCUGCAGCUGGCUGACAGCAAGUCGGUGCACUUCUACGCUGAGUGCCGAGCGCUGUCUAAGAGACUAGCCCUGGCGGAGAAGUCCAAGGACACCCUGACGGAGGAGAUGAAGCUAGCCAGUCAGAACAUCAGCCGACUUCAGGAUGAGCUGAUGACCACCAAGAGGAGCUACGAGGACCAGUUAAGUAUGAUGAGUGACCACCUGUGCAGCAUGAAUGAGACGCUGUCCAAGCAGAGGGAAGAGAUCGACACACUCAAGAUGUCCAGCAAGGGAAACUCUAAGAAGAACAGGAGUCGAUAGUCGACAGUAGCUGACCAGUGGCUGUUCCCUCCAGACCGGCUGCAGCUGCGGCCCGGAGACCAGACCCCACAACCAGUGCUGGCGGCUCUGGGAAGCUGACGCGCUGUCGGGCCUCAUACACUAGCCAGUGUUGUCUGUGACCUUGGGACAUUUGAAGUAUAUUUGUAAACAGCAAGGCAAAUACAGAAUUUGAUGUUGACAGUCAAAUGGAAAACAAUAGACAUAACCAUGGAUAUUGUAGGUUUCCUUACGCUGUUUUUACUGUGCACUUUUUAAAAUUAGGAUUUAAUUUCAGUAUGUAAGAACAAAUAUUUUGUAUAUUUUCAAACUCAAUUAUAUGGUAUGGAUUUGGUAUCUAUGGAAUAGAUAUAUGUUUCUGGAUAAAAUGCUUAAAUUGUCAGAUGUCAUUACUACCUGUAUUGUCAUGUCUUCUUAUAAUUGAAAAUUGAAAGCUAUCUCAGAUUGUUUUUAAAAGAGUCUCUCCCUCCCCCUCUUUCUUCCCUCCAUCCCAUGGGGGUGCCAAGCCUUGCAGCCUUUAGAGCCUCGGGGGUUGCUGAUGUGUGUACACCUGUACAGAACUCUCUGUGUUAGAAUAAUUGCUGAAGGAAUUCCUGUCAAUAAAUUCCUGCCCACACAAA